CGUGUGCGUUGUUGUGUGUGUGCCUUGUGUGUCGUGUGUGUGUUGGGGCUGCUUCCUCCGGAGCUGCUCCUCGCCUGGCUUUCCAGGGUGGGAUCCGGGGCAGCAGCAGAGGAGAGGAUGAGCGGGGCUGCAGCCUCGGGGGCGCCGGCGGUGUGCUCCGGGUGGCUGAUCAAGUCCCCUCCGGAGAAGAAGCUCAAGAGAGACGCUUGGCGAAAGCGUUGGUUCGUGUUGCGCCAAGGCCGAAUGAGCGGGAACCCCGAUGUCCUGGAGUACUAUCGAAACAGCCAUUCCAAGAAACCCAUCCGGGUGAUUGACCUGAGCGAAUGUGAGGUGGUCAAACACUCGGGGUUGAACUUCGUCAAGAAGGAAUUCCAAAACAACUUUGUCUUCGUGGUGAAGACCACGUACCGCACUUUCUACCUGGUGGCCAAAUCCGAGGAGGAGAUGCAAGUAUGGGUGCACCACAUCACCCAGAUCUGUAACUUCGGACAUUUGGAAGACGGGACAGAUUCGGGUGACAGCCUUUCCCACACCACCUCCUCGCCACAGCCCUCACCAGCCUCUUCGGCGCACGCCUUGAGGACUGCAGAUACCUCCUCUUCGACCGACCAAGCCGCCGCAGACACUUCUGCCGCCGAGGAGACGGCAAGCGAGUCAGGAUCUGUCUUCCUUCCUGACUAUCUCUUCUUAUCCAACUGUGAGACCGGAAAACUCAGCCAUGUCAGAUGCCACAGCUGGUCCAAUUCUGACCGAUCCCUUGAGCAGAACUCAUCAGAUGAUGUGUUUGUUGACUUUGUGGCUUCCCAGCCCUCACUAUUUCUACAAAACUCUGGUGGCCCAUUGCAGGAGAUCAUCCAGCCAAUAGGUCAAGGGGUGCUUCCCCGGCAUCCAGACUCAAGUGGGCCUCCUUCCAGCGAUUUCUCCUCUUCCUCUCCAUUGUCAGGACCACCCUUAACUCCAACCUUCCUGGUUGAUAAAAGCCAGAACGCUCUUUCUCUUGGUAUUACUGAACUCGACGUUCUGGCCAAUACGCCGCCACCGAGGCCUCCUAAGCCAACACACUUCUCUGACAGAAGGGCCGAGGAGCAGCCCAUUGGGGGCCUUCAAAAUGGACAUGCUGGGAUCCAUAGCAGCCAAAGGGUCAUGGUGCCAAGAAGGAUUUCCAUGUCUGGCUUGGACUCCAUGAAGAAUUGGAGAGUUGACAUGGAUGAAAAUUCCUUAAGAAGCAGGGAUAAGAGGCUUAGCUUGAAUUUGCCAUGUCGGUUUAGCCCACUCUAUUCCAGCACUUCCAACACUUCCGAGGACAGCUAUGUGCCCAUGCACCCCAGUGCCUCCUCACCCGUCCCAGGCUCGGACUGCACACCAGACGGCUACAUUCCCAUGAGUCCAGCGCCAACAGCAUUUGCUCUCUCUGCAGUUAGCACUGAAAAGCUCUCAAGCCCGUUGCCUGAGCUUCCCACAGAUCUGGAACCACCUCCGGUGAACCGGGAUCUCAAGCCUCGCCGAAAAUUCCGACCGCCUAAUCUGGACCUGCGAAACCUAUCCACCAUCCGAGAACACGCUGCCUUAACCAGGACGUGGACCGUGCCUUACAAUCGAACAAGCUUUAUCUCUCCAGAAAGAGACUGCAUUUAUUCAGCGAAAGUAUUUGCCAGUUCAGUUUCCGGCGAAGAGGAAGAAACUUACAUUCAAAUGGAGCACCCGCAGGCAACAUCUCCAUAUAACGGAGCAUUGUUCCAAUGGCCAAAGAAGUUUAAUGUUGAUUACUUAGCGCUGGAUUUUAAUUCCGCUUCUCCAUCCCCUGUACAAAAGAAACCUUUCCUCUCGGAAGAGCAACGGGUGGAUUACGUCCAGGUAGACGAACAAAGAACUCAGGCUCUCCAGAACACUAAACAGGAAUGGACAGACGAAAGGCAAUCGAAAGUCUGAAGAGGCAUUUCUUGGUUAGCGUGAUUUUGCACAUGGAAAUCCAGGUUGUCGGAACGAUCCAGUGGAGAAGGCGAGAAAGUUAGCGCAUCUACCGCUCUCCCGCCUGUUCUCAUAAGCAACAUCUUUUGAGGAUGGCAGGAGCGCCAUACCGUCUUGGGAAAGGACUGGUUCAUUGCAUAGCCACACAAACGCCAUCGCUGUCACCUUUCUCGAUCGCCCUUUCUGAGAAGGAUCCGUGGUACCAUUUUAAGACUUGAAUCUGGGAACAAAAGCCUUGUUGUGUCACACUGUAAAGACUUCUGAAAUGUAUAUAUAUAUAUUUUCAGAAAAGAAUACAUACAUACACCUUGCUAUUUAACAGAUGCUGCCUUGGCUGUGGCAUCUGGUACUGACAAGUGUUGGGAGAAUAAGGGCUAAACUUUAGAAGCAACAUUAAAUAAACUUUGGUAGGAGUUUGGGCUAUCCCUCGGUAUGAAGCAUGUUGGCUUCAUUUGCCAUAUUGGACCAUGUAAAUAGAACUUUGCACUGUGGCCAUUUCAAAACCCCUAAUCCCCAUCCUUCGCUUAUUCACGGACUAGUAACUGUCACAACGAACAGGACCCAUUGUCAAUGGCUCCAUGCCUCAUGUUGUGUUUUGGGGUAUGUUUUCUCUCUCUCCCCAGCGCAAGGAGUUGCUUUAGAUGUAGCACAAGCAUUCCGGUGCAUCCACUGACUUUUGAGUCUUUGCUUUUGGAAGGAAUCAAGGGAAGCCACAAAACGACUUUUGCGACUCCCAGCGUGGCUGGCAUGCCGUCAUCUGCGCUGCAAGGAAGAAAAUGCCGCUGCGGUUCACAAGAACGGCUGCCCGGUUUCUGGAUCUCGGUAAACAAGCUUGUAUCGGAUCUCAGUCUGUGGGAAUCCUGUUUCCAAGCACAGCUUGACCAAAGCUGUGAAAUGACUGGAAUAAAGCUGAUUCGACCCUUUUA